GAUGGUGUGACGCUACUCGAACGUACGCUUGGACAGCACGACGUCCCCCGUGAAGUUGCGGCAAUGGAUCGUGAGCGACCCCGCUGUAAACUCGAAGUGAAUUCCUGCCAGAUUCGCGGGGAGAUCCACCUCCACUCCUUCGUAUGACACCAAUGGCAUCUUUGAUCCACAACGCAAAAGUGACGACUGUUUCGUAGUUUUUUGGCGCCAAAAAACAGUGUGCGAACUUAAUGUUCUUAAGUUCGCACCACGAGUGUUCUUUGUCGAUGAGCAUCAACGUGCAGCUCCACGAGGGAGUCGUGCCGUAUCUCGUGUCUCCGUAUGAGAAAUUCUUCUUCCUGAUUCACCACGUGAAGCUCACGGUCGAGAGCGGCAACGGCUAUCCUGGACAAGGUGGCUGCUUCUACGGCGGCGAAGGACGCUGCUACGUCUCGCAGUACCGCCUCGUAUUCGUAGCGGACGCAGCUCGAGGGAAUGCUGCUUACCAGUCAUUUUCGCUGCCGUUCUACGGCAUCCGCGACUGGAGUUUUGACGUGAGCAUAUUCGGUGCAAAGAGCUGGAAGGGUUACGUGAACCGUGUUCCAGGUGGAGGGUUGGUCGGGAUUGGGAAAUUUACAAUGGAAUUCCUGAGUUAUGGCUUUGACGAGUUCCGCAAUCACGUGCUCCCGUUACUGGAGAACUCAAGAUCCCUACAUCGUCGGUUCCGCGACCUGUCGACCCCAUCCGUUCUGUUGUUACCAGGGAAGCUAGAAGGGCGCGGUGACGGUGAUUCACGCCGCCUUGCAUACUAUUCUGCAGAUGACCCCAUGACUCUGUUUGUUGUUGACAAAGCUCCUGCAAGUGCGGAAGGCCAUUGAUCGACGCCAUUGCAUAUAAAUUCGUAUUUGACGUAUUUUUCUUGAUUUUUGAACCUAACAACUGUGGUGGCAUGAACCGCCACAACGAAUCCACUAGGUCGUCUGCGACUUACACUGUGAAUGCAAGUACAUUUUUUUUGCGUUGGGACUAUGAUUCAGAGUGUGGCGGUAACAUUCUCCAACCGAAAUUGGCGUAAUGCUAAUUCCGCCCGAAGUUACUACGGUAUUACUCCAACAUGAAUUUGCGGUGUAGCUGUGGGAACUGGACCAACUGAGAGACUAGUUUCUAUAAAACCUAGCUUUUUAUGCCGUCCAAUACUCUGAAUAUUUUAGCUAGCAUGCUGCAGAGGCAUCGACUAUUCCAGUUUUCAUUUAUAUCCUACAUCACAUGUUGGAUUUGCUCAACUGAAAAAGUGUUUAAAUAACGCCUAAAUAUCCGCUACGUAGGCUUACUUGUGUGCAAAUCGGGCGUCGAUAGAGACAGAAAUUGCCACAGAUUCAUCUUCAGAUCUCAUUCUGAUACUCUUCCUGAUGCCACAAAAGCCAUUCCAGCAGCGG